GCGCUGCCGGGGGGCGCGGGCGAGGAUGGCGGCGGAGAACGAGGCCGGUCAGGAGAGCGCCCUGGGCGCCUACUCGCCGGUGGACUACAUGAGCAUCACCAGCUUCCCGAGGCUACCGGAGGACGAGCCGACGCCCGCGGUCCCUCUGAGGGGCCGCAAGGACGAGGACGCCUUCCUGGGAGACCCCGAUACUGACCCGGACUCCUUCCUGAAGUCAGCCCGGCUGCAGCGGCUGCCAUCGUCGUCGUCGGAGAUGGGCAGCCAGGACGGGUCGCCUCUGCGGGAGACGCGCAAAGACCCGUUCUCCGCCGCAGCGUCCGAGUGCUCCUGCCGCCAGGAUGGGCUCACGGUCAUCGUCACGGCCUGCCUCACCUUUGCCACGGGUGUCACUGUGGCGCUCAUCAUGCAGAUCUACUUCGGGGACCCCCAGAUUUUUCACCAGGGCGCUGUUGUGACUGAUGCUGCCCGUUGCACAUCGUUGGGCAUCGAGGUGCUUGGUAAACAGGGAUCUUCCGUGGAUGCAGCUGUGGCAGCAGCCCUGUGUUUGGGGAUCGUGGCUCCACACAGUUCUGGCCUGGGCGGUGGGGGUGUAAUGCUGGUACAUGACAUCCGACGAAAUGAGAGCCACCUGAUUGAUUUCCGGGAGUCUGCACCAGGGGCCCUCAGGGAAGAGGCCCUACAGAGAUCCUGGGAGACCAAGGUGGGGACCCUGCCUGGGCUCUUGGUGGGGGUCCCCGGAAUGGUGAAGGGGCUACAUGAAGCUCAUCAGCUCUAUGGAAGGCUGCCAUGGUCCCAAGUCCUGGCCUUCGCAGCAGCUGUGGCCCAAGAUGGCUUCAACGUGACCCAUGAUCUAGCCCAAGCCCUGGCCGAACAGCCGCCACCCAAUGCGUCUGAGCGCUUCCGUGAGACAUUCCUGCCUUCAGGCCACCCACCACUCCCUGGCUCACUGCUGCGACGGCCUGACCUGGCCGCAGUGCUGGAUGUGCUGGGCACCUCUGGCCCCGCUGCCUUCUAUGCCGGUGGCAACCUCACACUGGAGAUGGUGGCCGAGGCUCAGCAUGCAGGGGGUGUCAUAACUGAGGAGGACUUCAGCAACUACAGUGCUCUCGUGGAGAACCCCGUGUCUGGCGUGUACAGAGGCCACCUGGUUCUCAGCCCCCGACCCCCACACACAGGCCCUGCCCUCAUCAGUGCUCUCAACAUCCUCGAGGGCUUCAAUCUCACCAGCCUGGUAUCCCGGGAACAGACUCUUCACUGGGUGGCAGAGACCCUGAAGAUCGCAUUAGCUCUGGCCAGCAGACUGGGAGAUCCUGCCUACGAUUCUACCAUCACUGAGAGCACAGAUGACAUGCUCAGCAAGGUGGAGGCUGCCUACUUCCGGGGCCAGAUCAAUGACUCCCAGACAGCCCCCGUUCCGCUCCUGCCCAUCUAUGAGCUAAAUGGGACUCCUACAGCUGCCCAGGUGCUGAUCAUGGGCCCUGAUGACUUCAUUGUGGCCAUGGUCAGCUCCCUGAACCGGCCCUUUGGCAGCGGCCUCAUCACCCCCUCUGGGAUCCUGCUCAACAGCCAGAUGCUGGACUUUUCUUGGCCCAACAGGACUGCUAACCACCCUGCGCCCAGCCUGGAGAACUCAGUGCAGCCAGGGAAGAGGCCACUGUCUUUCCUGCUGCCCACUGUGGUCCGGCCGGCGGAGGGGCUCUGUGGGACCUACCUCGCCCUAGGGGCCAAUGGAGCUGCCCGGGGCCUCAGUGGCCUGACCCAGGUUCUGCUGAAUGUCCUGACCUUGAACCGGAACCUGAGUGACAGCCUGGCCCGUGGCCGCCUGCACCCGGACCUGCAGUCCAACCUCCUGCAGGUGGACAGUGAGUUCACAGAGGAAGAGAUUGAGUUCCUGGAAGCCAGGGGUCACCACGUGGAGAAGGUAGAUGUCUUAUCCUGGGUCCAUGGCAGCCGGAGAACCAAUAACUUCAUCAUCGGUGUGAAGGACCCUCGGAGCCCAGAUGCAGCCGGAGCUACCAUCCUGUAGAGCAGCAGGGUGGGGUGGGAGUCUCUGCUCCCCACCUUUGCAUGUUCCUAGAGUCCCUCCUUCUCCCAGAUUUGGUCUCAGAGGGACCCUGGGGAUGUCCCAGAUCAGCGGCCAGAGGGGAUGCUUAGCAAACCCUAUCCCAGAGUAAUAGGAAAUUCUCUAUCUUGAGGCCUGUGGUGGUGGUAGUAAGAGUCACUGUCCACAACCAGGCAGGCAGGACCUUGAGGAGUCAGACUACCUGUCUGUCUGUCUCCUUUCCCUCAGCCAUGCUGGCCCUGAGCUUAGGGAUGUGCUUGCAAAUCCUUCUCAAGGGUCCUCACCACCUCAACAUCUCCAGGUGGGCCUGACCUGGGCCUUGUCUUCCAGCUCUCUUCUCCUGUCCCCAGCCUCAUUUCUUAAAUGACUAGGAUUUUUUUUAAUGGACCAUCCUAGGGAGGGGGUUCUCCUCCCCUCCCACCACCAGGUUGAGGUGGGGGCCUUAUAUCUGGGGGUCCCAGGGUAUGGGGUAAGGGUUGGGGGUGGUGGGGACCAGCUCAGGGGCUUCCAUCUGCAAAGGGGAAUUAAAGAAAGAAUAUUGCUUAA